AUGUCUCAACCACAGCGAAACCAAUUUGCUGAAGAUGAUUCAGACUUCGAAAGCAAUUCACACGCCAAUGAGGACUCAACCAAUUCUGACUCAGAUGAAGAUCUCAUGGAGGUACGCGCUGCUAUUGCGCCUGCUAGAGAUGGUGCAACUAUUCAGGAAGUCCGACAGGCGCUUGAAAUGGCACAGAAUCUGCUGCUGAAUAUGCGUGGCAAAUGUCGAGAACUAUUGAAACGAAACGCCCUUCUCGAAGCUACUACAGCCAAAGGACGAUGGGGGAAAAACAUGACCGCCAAGGAUCUUGCACUCUCUGCCAAAGAAGACACUAUACGGGCUCACGGGCGUAAAUAUUCUAUGACACACUGUCUAUGGAUUAACGCCGGGAUUUUUCCUUUGCAUGUGCUUCCUAACAUUGAACUCUUUGGUAGCGAGCGUUGGCUGUCGCCACAGUCAAUAGAGGACGGCGUAAAGGCCAAGUUAUUCAAGUUCAUCCCAGAAAUUGAUCAUGAGUUGAUGGGCUAUAAGAACUUUGCACCGCAUUUUGCAAAGGGUGUCAGCGGCAUUCGCUCAGAGAUGGUUUCAGACGUCAAGUCUUGCGCAGAGUGCCAAACUUUGCUUGUAAAUCCCCACGGCGAAUACACAAAGUUUGCGCCGGUACUCUUUCUUCAUCCAGAGCAUCCCAACAAAGACGAGUUUCUCAAAACGGCUAAGCUUGUUCAGGUCUUAAAGGUAGCACUUUUCAGGAAAUCCUCCCUCUCCGCCACCUACGCUCCAGCCCCGAAGACCAAGGGCAAACUUUGGCAAUUAUGA